AUGGUUGGCGAACCAAUUAAUUCACCUGGCGGAGUCAGAGUCGAACUCCAACGUCAAGGAGGUAGAAGACGUCGGUGGGACAGUGAAGCUGAAAAUUUAGUUCUGGAAGCUGAAUAUCAAUCCAAUGGGCGAUUACGAAUCAAGAUAACUCCACCCACAGGGCCACCCCGGUUUGAAGUACCACUUGACAUCUUACCACCUGCCGAAGGAAACGAAAACCCAUUGUACCAACUCCAGUUCGAAAACUCGCCUUUAUUUUCUUUCAAGGUCAGUCGGAAGGCGACAGGAACGGUGCUUUUUGACACGACAAUUGGCCAAAACAAUUUCAUUUAUGCCGAUCAAUACCUCACUUUGAGUUGGCAACUACCCAGUGAAAACGUUUAUGGAAUUGGAGAAAACGAGCAAACGAGCUUCCGACAUGACUUUUCUGCAAAUAAAAUAUAUCCUCUAUGGGCGCAGGAUCACACCCCUGAAGGCACCGUAAACAUUUAUGGAGUACAACCAUACUACACGGUUUUGGAAUCGGAUGGAAAUGCACAUUCCGUGGCUUUGAUCAACGCUAACGCCCAAGAGUUCACAAUGCGUCCUGGAGGCUCGAUUAGUUAUGUUACAAUUGGUGGGGUGUUGGAUAUCUUGUUCUUUCUUGGCCCCACCCCUGAAAAUACGGCGCAGCAAUAUACAGAGACUGUCGGCCGUUCAACAAUGCCUCCAUACUGGGGACUAGGUUUUCAGUUAAGCCGUUACGGAUACAAUUCAAUAGAAAACAUGAGAUCAGCAGUGGAUCGAACUGAGCAUUAUGAUAUUCCUCACGACGUUCAAUACGCCGAAAUGGAUAUUAUGGAUCGUGGACUUGUUUUCACAUAUUCCGAAGGUAACUUCCCAGGUCUUCCAGAAUAUGUUAGAGAGCUCAAAAGUAAAGGGAUAAAAUUCGUGACGAUAUUGAACCCAGCUAUAAGCAUUGGUGAACCGGCCGGGUCAUACGAGCCUUUCGAACUGGGUCAGACAAUGGACGUUUGGGUAAAACGAGCGGAUGGUUCCCCUGAAGAAGGGAAGGGACUUCCUAACGCUCCAACUUAUUUCCCGGACUAUUCUAAACAAUCCACAAAAGAUUGGUGGAUCUAUUUAAUUAAAAAGUUUCACGAACUCCUUGAAUAUGAUGGCCUUGGGAUCGACAUGAAUGAACCAGCUAAUUUUCGUAUUGAUAAUAAUGCAUGCGAGUCGAAUAAUUGGAACAGUCCGCCAUACCUUCCACCAAUUUCUGGAAGAAGUUUGUGGUCUUUCACCCUUUGCGCUGACAGUGUACAACAAGCUGGGAAGCAUUAUGACGUCCAUUCCUUGUAUGGCUGGUUCCAAUGGGUACAACUGAAGGGACAGGCAAAAGAAGUUUGGUACUUACGCGCUCAACGUUUCUAG